AUGCCGCGGGCCGCCGCCGCCGCGGGCGCCCGCUGGCGCCCCCCGGCGCUCGCGGCGGCCCUCCUGGCGCUGCAGGCGCGGCACGCGGGCGCGUCGCCGCCGCCGCCGCCGGGCCAGGUCGCGGAUGACGAUGACUAUUGGAAGGUCCAGGGGGAGCUCUGCGCACGGGUCAAGGAGUGCUUCUGCCUGCGCCACACCCUCCUCGAGAUGAACAACGUCUGCGGUUGGUGCGAGACCACGAGUCGGCCGAUGCUCGGCUCUUCGGAGGGCCCGCACGGCCAUGAGACCUGCGCCAGGUGGAUCUGGUUGCAUCAGGACUGCCCCGUGCUGCGCUGCAUGGAGGACUGGACGCCCUUGCGCAUCGUCGGGCUGGUCGUCCCUCCCCUCCUGUUUGGGCUGGCGUGGCUGGUCGCCGAGAUCCACAGGGCGCCGCCUCUGCAGCCACAGAUGCCCCGCUUCGUGCAGCGCAAGGUCACCUUCGCGGAGUUCUCCAAGGGGCUCCGCGGCGAGCGGCAGACGAUGCUUUCGACCCCGUUCCAGAGUUACUUCCCUUUUGCCCCUCGCCUGAGCCACCUGCUGUUGCAGAUGUUGAGGAACAGCCUGCUGCAGCAGUCGCUCAUCCACAGCUUGCGCCUCGGUUUCUUCAUGUCGCUCUUCUACCAAAUGUUGCACAUCUCUCCUGCGGUGAUAAACAACGACAAUUACAAAUUUCUCACGGCCACACUGCUGGACGUCAAGGGCCUGUCAAGCGCGCUACAGGUUUCAGUGGGAAUACUGUUCUCGUUCUACGCUCUUGGCAGGGUGGGCUGGUGGUGGUCAGUGAUCGAUUGCUGCAGGAGCAUGCAGGGCAGGACACACGACAUUGCCCUAAUCAUUGGUGGCUACACUGCUGUGAGGGAGUACCCCCAAGCCGGGAAUGCCUCCAAGAGGGAGCAGUGGAUGGAGGCCAAGUGGAAUCUCUACCGGUUCCUCAUGUUGAGCUGGAUCAUGUGUUACAGAUCGUUGUCUGCAGAGUUCAAGCUGAUCGAGCUGGAUGAUCUUGUAGUGGCCGGGUUGUUGGAACCGUCAGAGAAGGCGAUCAUCAUUGAAUGCGCGCAUGGGCGAAAGACACCCCUAAAGUGGCUUUCUACUUGGGUCGGGUACCACGUGAGGGACGUCCGCGUUCGGGCCCUGGUGCUGGACAAGCUCUGCGCCCUGCGCGGCACGAUGGCAGGCCUGCACGACGCGUGCGAGCUGAGAGCACCGCUGUCGUUCGAGGGGCUUAUGUACACACUCGUCGUUGCCUGGGUCUACACCAUCCCAUUCCAGCGCCUCGUGACCUCGACGACCGUAGGCUGGUGCUCGAGCAGGGCGUCGUGAUCUCGACCGUCACGUCCAUAUGCACCACCAUCUUCUACAUGUUCAUCCUGGCCCUGCUCGAGACCUUCAAGGACCCCUUCGGGCUCUCGAGGGACGCCCUCAGCGUUGAGACCGUCUUCCUGGAGACGGAGACGACGACCUGGGACUACCUGACGAUUCCGGCCCCCGCGUGCCUGGACCACACCCUGUGCAGCGAAAGGCUCACCCUGCCCCGGGCCAAGCUCGGGGACGCGGCGCGCAGGGGCCUGGACAGGCAGGGCACUGAGAGGAACCUGGGAGGCGGCGCUGCGUCCGCAGCCAGUGCCCCCACCUGCUUGGACUCUUCCUGAUUCUACUGUAAAGUCUUCCUGCUUCUGCUGUAAAGUCUUCUGCUCCGUCAAGUCGCUGAAGUGAGCGGCCGCCUGGCAUCGGAAGGGGCUCGUGGUUCCUCGCGCCCUUCCGUGGUAUUGCUCCUCCAGCGCUCCUUCUGUGCACCCGGGCGCUCUCUUGGAGCCGAAGAGGGGCUUCGCUCCUCCUUCGGCGUUCCUUGCGGUAGUAGCUCUAGCUUGCCUGUACUGCAGGCUCGCGACCAGGGCGACUCUGGCGGAGGCGUUCGAGGUGGAAUGCCGCUGGUGGUCCAGGAUCGGCCGCGUCGAGCCUUUUUGCGCUGCCGGAGAGCCGAGGCCGCUCGAGGCGGAUCGGUACGAGCGGCGUCCUCCUCCCCCUCCUCCUCCUCCUCCUCCUCCUCC